AUGCCGAAGCCCUUCAGCAAAAUCAGAUCCGCUGCCAUCGAUGGUAGACUCCAUAACCCCAUCUACCAGAAAAUCCAGCUAAAAAGCCUUCAUGACACCUUAUCCCAGAGCCUCGAUGAGCUGCAAAGGAUAAUCGCAAGGGAUACUGGUCACAGCCCCGCCGAGGUCAAGCUCGAGUGCUGGCUUGCUCUGCGCUGCAUUUCCGAGGCCUACACUGCGAUUGAUCCUGCCAAGGCCUUAGAGGAUGAAUACGCUAUCGCGUCGCGGAGGGAUGCCUCUGACGUGCGAGAGCCUGUGGGAAUCGUCGUGAUUGAGCCGACGACGCAUACUUUCUUUUACUCGCUCAUCAGUGCGCUCGUGCCUGCGCUGGCUGCGGGCAAUUGUGUUCUUAUCCAAGUCGAACAAUCCAUGCUCGAGACACCAACAUUUGUUUUGAAACUGAUCCAAGAUGCCCUCGACGACGACAUUCUCUACAUCUCGAGGAUCAAAGUCAACACUAUCGACCUUGCCCACCGACACCUUAAAGUCCUCCAAAACGGCUCCCCAGAGACCACCCCUCUCGCCAACGAAAUCGUAUCGCGAUCAAACGCCCUCGUGGCCGCCAUCGUCGAGCGCGAUGCUGACAUCCAAGAAGCCGCCAAGGCCCUCGUUAUGAUGCGCUUCAGCCUCCGCGGAAAGUCGCCCUACGCGCCCGACGUUGUGCUCGUCAACGAGUGGGUGAAGAAGGAGUUCUUGAUGGCUGUUACGCAGCACUCUAUCCGGUUCAUGUCUGAUGCGGGUGAGAGUGGUACGAACUCGAGGAAGUUUGAGGGUCAGGGCCUGCUCGAUGAGAUUGUCAAGGAGGGUUUUGCGAAUGUGAUAUCUGCGGGGCAUGAAGGAAUUAUACUGGAUAUCGGGAACAGAUGCUUCACCGUGCUUGCCGUGACGAGCAUGGAUGACGCCAUUGAUGUAUCCAAGGGGCUCGGACGCCUUUCGGCGGCGUACAUUUUCACAUCUCCCACCGCAGCCAAGUACAUUUGCCAAUUCGUCGACUCUGAUCUCAGUUUUGUAAACCACGUCCCCACAAACCUACUUUUCGGACCCGUAGCGCCAGAAAACAAGCCUUUGGACUACUCCCAGGGUCCUCGAUAUCCUCAGGUGCUCUUCACUGUGCCUAAGCCUCAGUACAUCACCAAGCCCGCAUUGAUCUCACGAAUCGAAGCUUUGCUGACCGGCGCUGCUUCUCCGCAACUUCACAAGCUUGACGCUGAGGCGACCAUGGCCUUGCCAGAAAUGAAGCGGGCUGAGAGGGCGAAUGGCAUCGGCUUUUUCCAGCAGGGUGUCGUCACCGGAGGGAUCGUAUUCUUGACCGCCAUUGUCUCCGCAACGGGCGGGCUGUGCUAUUGCUUGGUCAAUAAGCGGCGGAGGGAGUUGGGUCCUCGAUAUGUCAGUAACAUCCCAGCUCUUGAUACGGACGCAUCUGGCGAGUCCACGUACGCAAAGAUCAUUGAGGCUGCCAACCCGUCCCAUGAAUAUAUCAAAGAUGGUAAUAUCAUGGUGACGAUCGAAAAUGAUGCUGUCUUGUCCGACUUUGUCCACUUUUACAAGGCAAAUGCCCAGCCGAAGCACAUCCGGGCCGAAGAUGACCGUGUGGUUUACCUCUCCCAAAAUGACUUUGGCCCCUCGCGCGACUUACGAAACGGCUUCCUACCCUAG